AUGGCCUCCAACCCUCCAAGCAGUUGCUGCGUGAUUGGUGUAAAACAUGAUGGAGAAACAAGGGGCGAAGAUAUCAAGAUUGAUACGAUUGAUGCAUAUAUCUCCGAGCCUACGGGUGACAACAUCCAUAAAAAUACGGCAAUCCUUAUCAUGCCCGAUGUUAUUGGUAUCUGGCAAAACUCUAAACUUAUUGCAGACCAAUUUGCAGCAAACGGCUAUUUUUCGCUACUAAUUGAUACAUUUAACGGCGACCCUAUUCCACUAAAUCGUCCUGAUGGAUUCGACUUUAAUUCUUGGAUGUCUAAAGGCACCGGAGGCAACAAUCCACAUACUAAGGCCACAGUAGAUCCAAUUAUAGAAAAAGGCAUAUCAUAUUUGAAGAAUAAAAGUUUUACUAAAAUUGGGGGAGUCGGAUAUUGCUUUGGGGCAAAAUAUGUAGCAAGGUUUCUAUCAGCUGGGAAGGGUCUUGAUGCUGGUUUCGUAGCACAUCCUUCCUUUGUCGACGAAGAAGAACUUGCCGCCAUUAAUGGACCAUUUUCAAUUGCUGCUGCUGAAGUAGAUUCUAUAUUUCCACAAGAUAAGAGGCACAAAAGCGAGGAUAUUCUCAUGAAGACCGGAAAGCCCUUCCAAAUUAAUCUGUUCAGUGGCGUCUCUCACGGAUUCGCUGUGCGUUGCGACCUAAGCGUCAAAAUUGAAAAGUUCUCAAAAGAGAUGGCUUUCUUACAAGCCGUUAAUUGGUUUGACGAAUAUUUGUGUUGA